AUGAAUUGUUUUUGUAGAGAAAAGUUUAUUUGGAAAAUCGACAAUGUUUCAUUUCGGAGACCAAAUGUUACUACUCAAUUAAUAACUAACACACCAUUAAUACAACCAAUACGACAAACACAACAAACCUAUAAUGAAGAUGCUACCAAAAUUUCAUCAUUAAUGUCACUUGCUAACUUUAGCAUUUUAAUCGUUGUCAUUAGUAUUAUUUUACGAUUCGCAUUUUUUUACCAACCAUUCUUUGAAAUAUUCUUUCCACCUUUGGAUUGGCCUAUAUUUAGAAGUCUUACGAAUACUACUAAUUUGAUUUCUGGACAACUUGCGGAACUUAAUAUUCCAGCAUCAUCCGUGAUCAUAGAAUAUCGAGUUACAAGCCAAUAUCUUGCUGAUAUCAUAGAUCGAAAUGAAUUAUCUCAAAAUAACUCUGAUAAUGUUGCUCAAUACCUCAAUCAACUUGGGGAUAAAAUACGUUACUCAGGUGAAGCCAUUGAAAAAAUGUAUCCUGUUGGCAGACGUGCUCUUAAAGAACUUGGCAUGGAAUUAAAAGAUAUCAAUAAUAAGAUUAAACCUGGACAAGUUCUUACACAAGAAAAUGUAACAUAUUUUGUAGAACGUUAUGGAAAAAUUUUAAAUGUAGUUACUAAUUUACGAGAUAAGUUCCAAUUAAUCCUAAAUGAACUUGAUGAUCUUUAUAUUUUAUAUAAUGGGACACAUCAUCAACUUGCAAAUGGAAUGAAUGAUGUAGUGUUUUUUUUUGAAAAGAUAACACCAGAGUUAGAAGAGUAUUAUGAUAUGGAACAAUUGAAACGAGAUCUCGGUUAUUUAAAACAGAUAAUGGAGAAAGUUCCUAAUAUUCGAUAUCAAAUUAAUCGUCUUUUAUCAGAAUUUAAUAAUCAUCGACAGAUGUUGAUUAGGUAUCGCAAUGAAUGGGUCAGCUCAUGGAGACGAAAGCUAGUUUCUUUUGAGGAUACUGAAGAAUUACAAGAUAUGAUUCCGAGGUUAAACAAUUUAGCUGAAGUAUUUAUAAAGAAAGAUUAUGAAAAUAUUGAAAAAAGAAUAUAUGUAUAA